AUGAAACGUAAACUCAGUCUCACUGAGCUUGUGUAUAAAGACAGGGGCGCGCUGGUGGCCGCUGUGCCGGCCGCCGCCGGCCCCAAGCUGCCCCCCGCGCAGGUCGUGGCGCCCAAAGCCCCGCAGACCCCCACCAUCCAGCUCCCCGCCAACUUCCAGAUCCCGCCAGGAACAGUUCUCAUCAGAAGUAGCAAUGGUCAGCUGAUGUUAGUAUCUCAACAAGCAAUAGCUCGAGCACAGAGCCAGACGCAAAAUAAUACAAGUGCAAGACCAUCAAUACCUACAAGCACACCUGCAGUCAGAAUAUGUACUGUACAGAAUCCUGGCUCCCAGUUACUAAAAAAAGUCAUAGCAACUCCUGUGAAAACAGUAUUGCAAACCACAAAUUCUGUGACCUCUACUGUUCAGAGACCUGCUGUAGUACAGCCAGCAGCUGUAACUGCCAGUGCUACUACUAUUACUGUUGUGAAGCCUUCAACUACUGGAGCAUCUGUAAAGCCUCCAAUUACAGGACUGCCUGCACAACCUAUCACCCAAAAGGCUGCCUCUGUCAAAGCAGAAAGCGUAACGGUAGCGCAGGCCAAUCCUUCUACGGAAAUGUUAGAGAAUGUGAAGAAAUGCAAGAAUUUUCUUGCAACGUUAAUAAAGCUGGCAUCCAGUGGAACUCAAGCCCCAGAAAUGGGACAGAAUGUGAAGAAUCUGGUACAAAAUCUGUUGGAAGCAAAAAUUGAACCAGAAGAAUUUACAAAAAAACUAUACAUAGAACUCAAGUCUUCUCCACAACCAUACCUGGUCCCUUUCCUCAAGAAAAGUCUGCUUGCCUUACGGCAGCUGAUGCCCAAUGCUCAGAGCUUUAUCCAGCAGUGCAUGCAGCAGCAGUCUCCAGCCCAAGAAGCUGUGUCUACCCAGAUCUCUUCAGCAACGACUUCCACUGUUCCAGUGACAACAUCAGCUGUGGCAACGACCUGUCCUCAGCCCACAAAAUCAGUCCUUUCCUCCACAGUGGUCACAACCUCUCAAGCUGUAAAACCAGUUCUAUCCGCUGCAGUGGUGAGAGCACCACCAACAGUUUCACUCCAGACUGUGAAACCAGUCCUUGCUUCUGCUCCAGUGACAGCCACUCUUCAACCUGCAAAUCCAAUUUUUACCUCUACAGUAGCAACGACACCACUCACAACUAUCCAUGUUGUGAAGCCAGUCUUUACCUCUUCAGUCGCAAUGAACUCGCUUCAGGCUGUGAAGCCAACUUUAGUAUCAACGUUGAAGCCGGUCUUGGCCUCUACAGUGGCAACUACAGCAACAACCUCUCUUCAGUCUGUGAAACCAGUCAUUGGGACUCCUAUUAGUAUUAAAAUUACACAACCCAACUCUCUUCUUGCUCAUUCAGGCAGUACUCAGCAGGCAAUUAAAGUGAAACAGCUGCUAGUGCAACAGCCAUCAGGAGGCAUGGGAAAACCAGUGGCCACCCUUCCACAAACCUCUGUGCUGACUCUUCAAACACCCGCUAAUAAAAGGAUGCCACUAAAUGCGCUAAUUCAGUCUAACCAGUUUCCUGCAGGUUCCAUUGUGAAACAGAUCACCCUGCCAGGAAAUAAACUUCUGUCGCUUCAAGCAUCUCCUGUUCAGAAAAAUAAAAUAAAAGAGAACGGAACAACAUCCUUCAGAGAUGAAGAUGAUAUCAAUGAUGUAACUUCUAUGGCUGGGGUCAACCUUAAUGAGGAGAAUGCAUGCAUCUUGGCAACAAAUUCUGAUCUAGUUGGUACGGUGAUCCGAUCUUGUGCAGACAAUCCAUUCCUCUCCUCAGAGGUGCUGCAAAAGAAAAUUUUAAACAUAGGUAAAAGGCAUGACAUUAUGGAACUUAACUCUGAUGUUGUGAACUUGAUCUCCCAUGCUACACAGGAGAGAUUACGAGGGCUCCUAGAAAAACUGACUGUAAUUGCUCAGCAUCGAGUGACAAACCAUAAGGAGAACAGUAAGUACAUAGUGACCAGUGACACCAGAGCACAGCUUAGGUUUCUUGAGAAGCUGGAUCACAUGGAAAAACAGAGAAAGGACGAAGAGGAACGAGAAAUGUUGUUACGAGCAGCCAAGAGUCGCUCCAAUAAAGAAGAUCCAGAGCAGCUGCGAUUAAAGCAGAAAGCUAAAGAGAUGCAACAGUUGGAGCUGGCACAGAUGCAACAGAGAGAAGCCAACCUCACGGCCUUGGCAGCCAUUGGACCAAGGAAGAAAAGACCACUGGAUUCAAACAUUGCAUCUGGGCUGGAGGGCUUGAAUGGAAAUGGAACGGCUCUUGGAUCAUCUGGUUUUAGCCUUACAAAACAGCUGCUUCGUCCAAGAAUAACACGUGUCUGUCUCAGGGACUUGAUAUUCUGCAUGGAACAAGAGAGGGAGAUGAAGCAUUCUCUGGUCUUGUACCGUGCUUUUCUGAAGUGAUGAUUCAAAUCUUGCAUUUUGAUUCUUGCUGUCUACUGCCAAAGAAAACACUGAAGCAUUGUUGCACUGUCCUGAAAUUCCAAUUUCCGGAAGAUGAUCCAUUAAAAGGAUAACUUUUUGUUUACAGAUAUAUAUAAUUUAGCACCUGUAGGGGGGUUUUAAUAAAUAGUAUUUUGCUUAAACCAGUCUGUAAACCAGUGAAGACACUGAGCACACAUCAAUACCCAACUACCUGCAUGCAUUUAACUGUCUUGCAGGCUGAGGGCUUGAGACAUGUACUGAGUUUAUGUAUGUCACAUGCUUCAAUACUCCAAAGUCUGCAACAUCUGUUCUAUGUGUAGUGCCUUCCUCUAAUCCAGUCUUAUUUAGGGAAACAAAUAAAAAUUUUAUAGGCACCGUGCAGCAUGACGAAUGUAUUUAAUCAUGAACCAGCAGUCAGUCAACAAGCUAAUGUAUUGCCUGACUCGGCAUCUCCUUCAGUUUCUUUGUUUGAGAAUUACUACUAAAAACUAUUUUAAAGAGAACAAGAUAGAGAGAGGUGGGAGGGAGCCCUCUCUUUCUUUCUUAUUCUCUCCAGAGGAAGAAAAUAAAGGUGAGUAUAAAUGCACAAGUUCCUGUGAUGAGUUGCAUGUCCACUGGGUUUGGAAAAGAUGAGAUUUGAUGAGAGUUGAUAAGACCUGGAAAAACAAAACAAGCUAGACCUAAAUGUCUCCCUUAAUAGUUAUCUGAAAUAGCAACAAGAUCAACUAAAUCUUAAACAAAAAUUCAAAAGUAACCUGCCUUGACUGCAAAAAAAAAAUUGUAAAUGUGAAAAAUUCUAAGAUUUUACAAUUAAAGAGAAGAAAAAAAACAACCAAACCAAAACAACCUUUUAAAAAAGAGAGAAGUGCUUGCAAGGGGCAGAGCAUUCACUUUUCUGAGAAUGUAAAUUUGAUUACCCUGAUACCUGUGCUAUCAUAAAGAUGUGCAAAAUAUCAUAAUUUGGGAUAUAAGGAAACAACUUGAAUAUUAACUGGUUGAACCAUUUGCCUGGUUCCUGGUCAGUGAAGGGAACCCUGGUUUCUCAAGAAGACAGUAAGUCUGAAGACCGCUAUGUUGGUAAAAGGGAGGAGAACCCCUUCCUCCCACUACAUUUCUCGCCCCAUGACAUAGCACUGCAUGGCUACCUGACACAAUUGGUAGGGAAGGAGUAACUGUAUGAAAUGGCUUCAUGCUGAGAUUUCUUUAAG